AUGGACCAGCAGCAAGGGAUCAUUAAGGAGGGUCCAUCAUCGGAAAGAGAAAGCAACCGUAUAACCCAUGUGGAGGAGGAAACGACCCCACAAUCUUCAUUGCCUACUAAUGAUCACAACAAGCAUUUCCAUGAACAACUUGAUGAUCCUUCUUCUUACAAGCAACCUGGCUGGAGAAAGUUUCUUGCCUUUGUUGGUCCUGGUUUCCUUGUUUCCUUGGCUUAUCUCGACCCGGGCAAUUUGGAAACUGAUCUUCAAGCUGGAGCUAAUCAUAGAUAUGAGCUAUUAUGGGUAAUCCUUAUUGGGUUGGUGUUUGCUCUAAUAAUCCAAUCCCUUGCUGCCAAUCUUGGUGUAGCAACUGGUAAACAUUUGGCAGAGCUAUGUAAGCUAGAAUAUCCAAAGUUUGUGAAAUAUUGUCUUUGGUUAUUAGCAGAGAUUGCUGUUAUUGCUGCUGAUAUUCCUGAAGUAAUUGGAACAGCCUUUGCACUCAACAUAUUACUCCACAUUCCAGUAUGGACUGGAGUUCUCUUAACUGGUUUAAGCACUCUCCUCCUACUUGGUCUACAGAGAUAUGGGGUUCGGAAGCUGGAAAUGUUGAUUGCAAUACUUGUAUUUGUGAUGGCUGCCUGUUAUUUUGGAGAAUUGAGUUAUGUACAACCACCUACUUCAAAGGUUUUAGAGGGAAUGUUCAUUCCAAAGCUUAAUGGCCAAGGAGCUAUUGCUGAUUCCAUUGCACUAUUGGGAGCCCUUGUGAUGCCGCACAAUCUCUUUCUCCACUCUGCUCUAGUACUAUCAAGGAAGAUACCUCCAUCUGUUCGCGGCAUCAAUGAUGCAUGUCGAUUCUUCUUGAUAGAGAGCGGGUUUGCAUUAUUUGUGGCAUUUCUUAUCAAUGUUGCAGUGGUUUCAGUAUCAGGAACUGUCUGUUUUGCAAACAAUCUAUCCCAAGAGAAUCUUGAUCAAUGCAAUAAUCUCACACUUAACUCUGCUUCUUUCCUUCUUAAGAAUGUGUUGGGGAAAUCAAGUUCCACAAUUUAUGCCAUUGCAUUACUAGCUUCUGGACAGAGUUCCACCAUUACAGGUACUUAUGCUGGACAAUUUGUCAUGCAGGGGUUCUUGGACAUUAAGAUGAAGAAAUGGAUGAGGAACUUGAUGACGCGAACGAUUGCAAUUACACCUAGCUUAAUUGUUUCCAUCAUUGGUGGCUCUGCCGGGGCAGGCCGACUAAUCAUCAUUUCUUCGAUGAUACUAUCAUUUGAGCUUCCAUUUGCUCUCAUUCCUCUGCUCAAGUUCAGUAGCAGCACCAGCAAGAUGGGGCCACACAAGAACUCUAUCUAUAUUAUAGUGAUCUCUUGGAUUUUGGGAUUGGGCAUCAUUGGCAUUAACAUCUACUACUUGACUACAGCCUUUGGGCAAUGGCUUGUCCAUAACAAUCUACCAAAAGUUGCUACUGUAUUUAUUGGGAUUAUUGUGUUCCCUCUCAUGGCCAUAUAUGUUUUAGCCCUUUUCUACUUAACAUUCAGGAAAGAUAAAGCAGUGACAUUCAUAGAUGUAGCCAAGCUAGAUAAUAAUCUUCAAAUCCAAAUGGAGAAAGGAUUCAAUGGUACUGAUGGUGUCUUUGGGUUCAAUAAUGUUGUUUUGAGGGAGGACCUUGCAGAUAUUCCACUACCAGAGUGAAUAAUAAUGAGGAAGUUAAGCUAUGAACUUUGGGGUGGAAAGGAUCCUUAAUUCUCCUGAAGAACCACUUAUAUAGAAUUGGAACAAAGAUUGCCAUCAUCCUCUAUUUGUGGAAUCAAAGUUUCUUUUUAAAAGGGUUGUACCAAAAAUGUAAUUAAGGUUUUGUUGUACUAAACUUAAGCAAAUUUUCAUUU